AUGUUUAUGUUUGUGAUUUUUGUGGUGACCUUUUUAAAAGGAUCGUUAAGUUUUGGGAUUAAAAAACCGAUUUCUCCAAAUCUACCGAUUCCCCCGAAUCCUUUACCUCGGCCUGGAAAUAUCAGUGAAAUCAUUUAUCCCAAUCGACCCCAUAUCAUCAUUCUAAUGGCUGAUGACUUAGGUCUUAAUGAUGUGAGCUAUAGGGGUUCAAAUCAGAUUCUUACUCCUAACAUUGAUGCUUUGGCCUACCAAGGGGUCGUUCUUAAUCGUCACUAUACACCUGAAAUGUGCACACCUUCUCGAGCAGCACUACUUACUGGAAAGAAUCCUGUUAACAUAGGGAUGCAACAUUUUGUAAUUGAACCUUGUGAGCCACGAGGACUCCCUCUACACCUAAAACUUUUGCCUCAAUACCUAAAACAGGCUGGUUACAGCACCCAUUUAGUUGGAAAAUGGCAUUUAGGAUAUGCCCGAAAGGCAUUUAUUCCGACACAGAGGGGUUUCGAUACAUUUUUUGGAUGUUACAAUGGACAUUUAGAUUACUAUGACCACAUGAUGUAUGGUACAAAUUUUAGUGGUUACGAUUUCAGAAGAAACGAAAAUAUUACGUAUGAGGGAUUGGGUGAAUAUGCAACAAAUCUAUUUACCGAAGAAUCCACAAAGAUCAUCCAGAACCAUAAUGUAAAUGUUCCACUCUUCCUUGUGACCUCAUAUACCGCUCCACAUUCUUCAAGGAUUAUUGAUGUGACAAAAGGUUUGCAAGCACCACAAGAGGAAAUUGACAGUCUAAGUUAUAUUCGUGAUUCCGAAAUAAGAACUCAUGCUGCUAUGGUGACCCUUUUGGACAAAGGAAUCGGUCAGAUCAUAAAGGAACUUAGUAUCAAAAAGAUGCUUAGUAAUUGUGUGAUACUUUUCUUUUCGGACAAUGGAGCCCCUAUUAGGGGGAUAUUUGAAUCGAGAGGUUCUAAUUUUCCACUGAGAGGGCAAAAAAUAUCGACUUGGGAAGGAGCAGUACGCGUACCAGCAGCUUUUUGGAGUCCCCUUAUGGAGAUUCGACAUGGUGUAUCCAAUCGAUUAAUCCAUAAUACCGAUUGGCUACCAACGUUUGUUGCAAUGAGUGGACUUCGACCAAUAGGAAAAUUUGAUGGAUAUGAUAUGUGGCCGACACUCGCAAAGAACUUACCAAGUCCUCGAAAAGAAAUCAUCCAUAACAUCAACCCUGUUAUAGGAUACAGUUCCAUUUACUAUAAAGGAUGGAAGUACAUCAACGGGUCAACAGAUGAAGGAUUAUACGAUUCUUGGCUAAGUUCAAAACCACAAUAUCAUAAUCCAAAUGCAACUAGAUAUACCGAAAUUGUAAGAUCUAGUGAUGCCUGGCAAGCCUUAGCUCCAUUCGCCCUGAGGACUUUAGGUGACAAAAGUAUCCAGAAAAUUAGGAAGAAUACUAAAGUAUACUGUCAACCAAAAAUACCUUAUGCAAUGGGUUGCAAUCCUUUGAAAGGACCCUGUCUAUUUCGAAUUAAGGAGGAUCCUUGUGAAUUGAACAAUCUUGCAGGGGUUGAUCCAUUUAGAACGUACUUGAUGCAGGUUCUUUUAGAGAAGUUUAGGACCACAAUGGUAUACCCGCAAAAUUUGCCACUAGACUAUGAAACUUGUGAUCCGAGAAAAUUUAAUGGGACUUUUACCUGGUGGUUAGAACUUGAACCGGAAAAUCCUGAUCCGAUUAAUAAUACCACACCAGAAACUACAACAGAAGGGAUAGUUACAGUAACGCCUCCGAUAAUAUUUCAAUACUACCCCCAUCCACCUCCCCAUUCACAUUGUUAUUAUCAACCAGCGAACUUUAAGGAAUUCCCUGCAAUUGGGAAUACCACAGGGGGUAUAGGUUCAAUCUUCCCAACGACUCUAGAGCAACAUAGACGAGUUCCUUUGCUCAAUGAAUCAAUAUCAGAAAAUUAUUCAGACUCUGAUGAAGUAGACACCUCCGAAGAAGUUUCAGAAGAAGUAACAUUGGAAUCUACCGGAACUACUCAAGACCCCGAUUAUUUAACGAUCAAUUAG